AUGGACAACUCGGCCACAGUUGAGGAGGUGGCCGAGUCACUUGCUAAGGCGAGAGGUUGUGUCCAGCAGGACAUAAAGGUUGGCGAUAUUCGCCGCCAACCUAAUGGACUAGGGUCCUGCUGGGCCAAAUGCCCUGUAGCGGCCACAAGGGCCAUCCUGGCCACCCCACGAAUCCUGGUGGGGUGGUCGAGCUGCAGGGCGGUGCUCCUGCCGUGUCGCGGGCUUCAGUGCUUCAAAUGUCUGGAGCCCGGGCACGUCCAAGCCCACUGCACGAGCGCAGUUACCAGGACGGGAUGCUGCUACCGGUGCGGAGGACUGGGGCACUUGACCAAAAACCGCGAGGCGGAGGGGGCCAGGUGCCCGGCCUGCGAGGCGUUGGGCCGUCCGCACCGGCAUCGCAUUGGCGGCAGUGCGUGCACUGCUGCCAAAAAGGGAAAGAAGGGGGGCAAAAGCAAGCCCAGCAGCCUCCCUAAAACUGGGGAGCAACCCCCGGUCUCGGCGACGACGGUUGCCGAAGUAGAGAUGGCGGCUGCCGAGGAGAGACCGAUCUCUCCGGUGCUCGGUAGCCAGCCAAAUAUGGAGGUUGGGUCUGGGCAAGGCGCGGUCCGCGAACGGCCUUAA